AUGCAUUGCGUCCCGGAAAUGCGCGGCAAUUUGACCGGAUAUGUUCGAGCAGCGCCGCAUGAAGGCCCUUUUCCGUCUCUGAGAAUGACUGAUUGGGAGACCGCGCCAGCAGUGGCUGAGACUCCUGAGAUCAAGCUGUUCGGCAAGUGGAGCACUGAUGACGUCCAGAUUAACGACAUCUCCCUGCAGGACUACAUCGCCGUGAAGGAAAAAUACGCCAAGUACCUGCCGCACUCUGGAGGUCGUUAUGCCGCCAAGCGUUUCCGCAAGGCCCAGUGCCCCAUCGUGGAGCGUCUGACCAACUCCAUGAUGAUGCACGGCCGAAACAACGGCAAGAAGCUGAUGACCGUGCGCAUCGUCAAGCAUGCGUUCGAGAUCAUCCACCUGCUGACUGGAGAGAAUCCCCUCCAAGUCUUGGUGAACGCCAUCAUCAACAGCGGACCACGUGAGGACUCGACUCGUAUCGGUCGCGCCGGUACCGUCAGGAGGCAGGCUGUGGAUGUGUCGCCCCUCCGUAGAGUCAACCAGGCUAUCUGGCUCUUGUGCACUGGCGCAAGAGAAGCUGCUUUCAGGAACAUCAAGACCAUUGCAGAGUGCCUGGCCGACGAGCUUAUCAAUGCUGCAAAGGGGUCAUCUAACUCCUAUGCCAUCAAGAAGAAAGACGAGUUGGAGAGAGUUGCCAAGUCCAACCGUUAA